UGUAUUCUGCUCUUACCUUUCAUCGCGGAUUCGUAGUUGAUGGGUGAAUUCAUGCUACUGAGAAUGUUGAUGAAUACAUACCGAUUAAAAUGAGAGAAUUCAGAGACGGAGACUUGGGAAGAAUUUAAUUCCUUUCCUCUUCACUUCCUGAAUCCAAACGACCGGCAUCUUUUUAUUCGCCGCCGGCGACUUCCUCCGUUUCGCUACGGCGAUGCCACUUAUCCACAUUAAUCAACACUGCAGCUUCUUCACUGCCCAUUCUACUAGGACCCAAAUUCCCAGCUAUUUCCCUCCAAUACCCUCUUCUCUAAAACCCAAAACCCUAUCGUCACGACGCCGGCGCCUCGUUUCCGUUACCGCCGCUGCAAAGACCGCUGGCUCCGAUUACUAUUCCGUUCUCAAUGUCGGCAAGAACGCAUCUUUGCAGGAAAUCAAAGCCUCUUACCGGAAACUCGCCCGCCAAUAUCACCCCGAUAUGAACAAGGGUCCUGGGGCUGAAGAGAAGUUCAAAGAGAUAAGUGCUGCAUAUGAGGUACUAUCUGAUGAUGAAAAAAGGUCUUUAUAUGAUCGCUUUGGUGAGGCAGGAUUACAAGGAGAAUAUGGUGGAUAUGAUAAUGGUGUACCUGGGGUAGAUCCUUUUGAAUUGUUCGCCCAAUAUUUUGGUGAAUCAGAUCCUUUUUUCGGAGGAAGUGGUGGGUCAAGAGCUUUCAACUUUAAUUUCAGCAGUGCAGGGCGUCGGGAUCUUGAUAUUAGAUAUGACCUUAAUUUGAGCUUUGAAGAGUCAAUAUUUGGAGGAGAACAAAAUAUUGAAAUACCUUGCUUAGAGCCAUGUGAUAGUUGCAGCGGGUCAGGGGCAAAGUCCAGCAAUUGUAUAAAAGUAUGCUCUGAUUGUGGAGGAAGAGGAGGAGUGGUGAAAACAGAGAAAACACCAUUUGGAAUUGUGUCUCAGGUAUCUACAUGCUCAAAGUGUAGUGGCAAUGGCAAGAUAAUUACUGAUUCUUGUCGCCAAUGUAAUGGUCGUGGUAAAGUAAAAUCAAAGAGGAGGCUGAGAGUGGUUGUUCCACUGGGAGUUAGUGAUGGUGCAUCAAUGCAACUUCGAGGAGAGGGUAACAUAGACAAAACGAGGGGCAUUGCGGGUGACCUCUUUUUGGUAAUCCAUGUUAAGGAAGAGCAUGGAAUUCGGAGAGAUGGUCUGAACUUAUAUUCAAAAGUAGAAGUUGAUUACACAGGAGCCAUUCUGGGGACAGUCACUAAGGUUAAAACUAUGGAGGGCAUUAAAAAUCUGAAAAUUCCUCCUGGAUGUCAACCUGGAGAUACUUUGAAAAUGAAAAAUAUGGGAGUACCAAAUAUGAAUAAGCCUUCUGAGCGAGGAGAUCAUCAUUUUAUUGUCAAUGUUCGAAUCCCUAAGAAUAUCAGUAAUGAAGAGCGUGAUCUUCUCGAAAAGUUGGCUUCACUUGGGGCUGCAUCCACAGAGCAACCUAUGCCUUUUGAUGGUGAUUCAUAUGGAAGUGUUAAACAUCUGUGGAAGUCGGUUAAGAACUUUUUCGGGCAAAAGCAAUCUGGUGAGCGGUUUGCAUCGAUGAGCAUGGAGGCACCACCUGCUUUGUGGAGCCGUGCUUUUAGUCCCCCUUCACUCAUGGUAUCGGUUUCUGCCCUUUUAUUCAUGACAUGUAUCAUAGCCUUGGUUAAGAUUGGCCAAUGUACACUUCACAAGAAACCACUGAUAAGACAGAAUGCUCGUUACAAGGAAAUAAAAGAUCAAUAAAACUAUAGAAGUAGAUUUUUCUGUGACAACAUUCAUUCAAUGCAAUACAUGUUUCUUAAGGCUA